GGGAAAAAAAAAAGACACCUCCACAACAGCAUCCCCAAACAUACGCAAAAGCUCGAAGUAUUGCAACAGAUAUUUUUGCACCAUUGGGCUGUACUGUCUUUUCGGCGUGGCUCCAUGAAAUCCCCUCCCCCACCGCUCCAACUUCGUGAGUUCCUUCGCGUCUUGGUUCCUUUGUCGCGUUGGUAGAGCGAUUCAAGAACACAUCGGACCGGGCGCUUUUUUCUGCUAUCUUGACCUCCUUAAAGAAAUUCACAUUCCCCGUUCUUAUCUCAAUUCAACCCCUUCUCUUUGCUCUCAAUAAACCACCGCCUUCCACCUUCCUCACAGCCCAAACCGUCCCUCCGGAUUUUAGUUUCACCUUAGUACUCUCUACGCCGGGAAAGAUCUCUGGCCGUAUGACUGCGCAUUAAUCGAACAGAGCGGUCAAGGAUGCUGCCACCUGCUUGCAGUUGGUCUGAUUUUGGCUUGUAGCCAUCUCCCAGUAUGUCGCGCUCCUCGGCAGGCUUUGCGGACUUCUUCCCUACUGCCCCAUCUGUCCUCCAGCAAAAACGAUUCAAAGUAUCUAGGGAGCGACCCCGACCCAAAGCUCAAACUGAUGGUGAAAAUGGCGAGGAAUCGUUAGCGUGCUCCACAGAAGCAAGAGCUAAUCUCAGCUUGACAAACGGCGGUGCGUCGUUGGAUUCCGGACCAUGGCCUUCUACGGAUUCAAGAAAAAGGUCACCCGAUUCAUAUGUGGGGAGCUCUGUAACCUCUACAGGCGCGAGUCUUCCGGCCUUUACCUCGUCUGUUCCUCAAAAUGGCGCGAAUUUACACGGAGCACGUCUUGACACCCUGACUCCGCUAACAAAUGCAGAGUCAUCGCCGCCUCAUAAACUGAACUCACCCCAGAAUAAAAUAGCAGAUGGGAUUGUUGCGGAAAGUGCUAUUGAAUCCAAGACCGAGGAGCUGAAAUCUGGCAUAACCCCUCUUCAUACCCCGCCAACGCCACAGUCUCAAGGUCGUCGCACCGGAAGUAUCAGAGGUUACAAGCUGGUCUAUGACCCUGAUACUGAAAAGCGAUCAUCUUCGAAGGAGAAACGAAAGAAACCUCGUUAUGUCGAUAUUGUAUUGAGCGACCAAGACAAUUACCCAGCAGACCCUCGUCUAGGAAUUCCAAACUACACACGAGGUGCGGGUUGCAAACAGAAAAGGAAAUAUCGACCAGCACCCUAUACGCUAAAACAUUGGCCUUAUGAUGCUUCAGCAACUAUAGGACCCGGGCCUCCCUCGCAGAUAGUUGUCACUGGUUUUGACCCUCUCACCCCCAUUGCGCCAAUCAGUGCCCUGUUCUCGAGUUUUGGCGAUAUUUCUGAGAUAAACAACCGGACAGAUCCGAUAACUGGCAGGUUUCUCGGGAUAUGCUCGGUGAAGUACAAAGACAGCGCUUCAUUUAGGGGUGGUGGUCCAGUCCUUGCGGCAAGCGCGGCCAGGCGAGCGUAUUACGAAUGCAGAAAAGAACAGCGCAUUGGGACCCGAAGAAUCAGGGUUGACUUGGAUCGCGAUGGCAUUGUGUCAGACAAGAUUGUCGCUAGGGCAAUUGACUCCCAGAGGAUGGGACAAAAGAACAAUCUUCCAUCUGCAGAAGAAGCGAAAGCCGAACCAGAAACAAAGAAGAAUGAGCCCCCUCCGACGGCGCCGAAAGGUCCUUCAGGAAAAUCCUCUAUUCGCCUUAUAGCUACAAUUCCUGAAGGACCGAGAGCAAGCUUUCUCAAACCUGCCAUGCCGUCUUUGGUAGAGGAAGUACCCAUCUUGAGUCAGAUUAAACGGGAUCCGUAUAUUUUCAUCGCACAUUGCUAUGUUCCGGUCCUUAGUACAACUGUUCCACACCUUAAAAAGAGACUCAAGCUGUUUAAUUGGAAAGACAUCCGCUGUGACAAAACUGGGUAUUAUAUUAUAUUUGAAAACUCUAGGCGUGGCGAAGAAGAAACUGAACGUUGCUACAAAAUGUGCCACAUGAAGCCUCUCUUCACCUAUAUCAUGAAUAUGGAAAGCCAGCCUUAUGGGAACCCGGGCUACGAGCGCAGUCCAAGCCCUGAACGAUGCCGUGCUGAACAACGUCAGCGAGCGGAAAGAGAAAGGAUGAAAAGGGAAGCAGAUCUCGACAUUGAAGAAGAAAAAAGACAACGAGCGAUGGACCUAGACCCCUGCCAAGAAGUAUUAACCAUCUUAAUUCGAGACCUGAAAGAUAAGCUCCUUGAGGAUGUGAAGUCACGCAUUGCUGCACCUGCUUUGUAUGAUUACCUCGACCCGGACCGGCAUGCCUUGAAAAGAAAAGCAUUGGGUAUCGCCGAUCCAGAGGGCAUAAAACGGCCCUUGUUUCGGAUUGAUAGUGCAUUCGGGACACCGGACUCGCGGUCAGAGCUGUCAGACACAAGGCGUCCUUUCAGUUCAUCUGCUCUUAAUAUUCUUGCGCUGCCGCGUAUCAGAAAAGCUCGUCAUCUCGAUCGCACAGAUACUGCUUUCUUGGAUGAAAGGCGCAAGCAGCCGAUGCGAAGAAGAGAAGUCCGACCUCUAUAUCACCGGCUGCAACAGUUGCACGACGUUGAUGACUCCGACGAUGAGCAAAGGACACCCUUUGCUAAAGACACCGAUGAGCAAGACAGCCGGCCCCCGAGUCGGAUGAGCUCAAGGACUUCAGAUUCCGACGAUGGCGACGGCUUUGUUUCCGAGGUUCUGGCUGUUCCUGCUGUAAAUUUGGCUGGUCCGGGCCAAAAUCAUGAACUUGAAGAAAAAUUAAGGGACAACCAAUCAAGAAGCGAAAACCUACAUCUGGAUAGCCGCGAAAUCUCCCCGGCGUUACGGAAACGGAAAAGGACCGACGAAGAACUUGAGGCACGAAAGAGACAGAAAGAAGAUGACGAGCUUUUCGGUGUUAACCCUACUAAAGAAACGGAGAACGAGGGCACCAAAAGGGUUCCAGCACCUAUAGCCGUGAACAUAAGUGCCGAGGGGUCAGAAGCUGAUUUGAGUAUCAUUUCAAAACCAUCAAGCGAGAGAAAUAAUAACCAGCGAGAGGAGGGUGAUGACGGAGAAGCCAGCUCAUUGGGCUUAGAUGGUAUUGGCACUAAAUCCUCAACCAUAGAUAAAGACCGUCGCGGUAUACUAGCUCCUCUUGAUGAGGUUGAUGGUGCCGGGGUGCGCGAAGAAUCCCGAACAGAGGUGAAAUGGCGAGUGUCGAAAGAUGAGCCUAGGCCCAUUGUAGAUGAUGACCAUGCAAUUAUCAUGGACCUCGAUGGUUGGCAAAGCCUAAUAAAGGAUGAUGAAGACCUGCACUUUCUUCGAGAUAUUCUCGUUGGACAUCCCAAAUCCAAUGUUGGGAAUCUGUCGGCAUGGGCAUGGAGACAAAAGGAAAUCAAAGCCCUCAAUUGCCCUGGACAGGUGGGCCCCGUACGCGAAGAGACUAGCAUCGCAGGCUAUUACGUGCCCAAUACGACAGGCGCUGCUCGAACAGAAGGAAAAAAGAGAAUAUUGGAGUCAGAGAAGUCAAAGUAUCUGCCACAUCGUAUCAAAGUUCAGAAAGCUCGUGAAGAGCGCGAGGCCAAAGCAAAGAAUGAUCCUCAUACUGCUGCUGCUGAGGCUGCAAGAGUUACUGCGGCGAAGAAUAUUUCUAAGUCGACAUCUAGGUCGACAAGGGUCAAUAAUCGCCGGUUGAUUGCGGAUAUCAACGCACAGAAACAGGCCCUUCCUACUCAAAGUGGUGAUGGCGACGUUCUUCGCUUCAAUCAAUUGAAGAAACGAAAAAAGCCAGUGCGCUUUGCUCGGUCAGCCAUCCACAACUGGGGCCUCUAUGCCGAAGAGAAUAUAUCAGCAAAUGACAUGAUCAUUGAAUAUGUAGGCGAGAAAGUACGGCAGCAGGUUGCGGACAUGAGAGAAAGGCAGUAUUUGAAGAGCGGCAUCGGCAGCAGUUAUCUUUUUCGCAUUGACGAGAAUACGGUCAUAGAUGCUACAAAGAGAGGAGGCAUUGCUAGGUUUAUCAACCAUAGCUGUACACCGAAUUGCACUGCCAAGAUUAUUAAAGUCGAUGGUAGCAAGCGUAUUGUUAUAUAUGCUUUGAGAGACAUCGAGAGAGAUGAGGAGCUGACGUAUGACUACAAAUUUGAAAGAGAGUGGGAUAGCGAUGAUAGGAUUCCAUGCCUUUGUGGCUCAACCGGAUGUAAAGGGUUUCUCAACUGAGGUGCAUGUUCUCUGUCCGCAUGGGACUGUUCCCACUGCAACCUCCAUCGUUGCUUAGGCCCCAUCUUUGUUUCCACUGCUUCCGACAUGGCUUAAUCUCCGGACUUGUUUGACAGAUACAGCGUUGUGAUUAUGGCGUCUUGGCUAGGGCUUAGGUUAGCUGUUCGCAUCAUACAAGCCCAUGUGUAUUUCUGUUCCUUAUUCAUUCCUUUGUUGUGUUUCCCCUCACAGCAAUGCUUUGUAUUUCAUAUUAUUUCUGAAUAAGCUGCAACAGCCAUGUAACAUAUAAAUUUCUUUUAUCGCUCAAAUUUUUCGUCCAACAAAAUAUACUUCGCGAUGAAUAUCUCAUUCAACCGGAAACAAGACACGCUGGCAGGAAGUGUGUGUAACAUGUAAUAUAGCGUGAUUAUGAUGCUUGGAUUACCUACCAGUAACGCGAGGAGGUGAGCUAUAUGUCUGAUGUUAUUGCGACCUAGCACUCAUCUCUCGACAGUUUUAUAAAACAAGACGCAUGAGGUGUUAGACUAAGCAGAGUCAGCGAGUGAUAGAAGGGGAGGGGUAGCGAGAGUACGGACCCAAAUGACUUGGCAGAAGGAAA